AUGUUCAUCAAGAAAAGAAUCUCCAAGGUAUUCCUCGUCUCUGCCAUCUUCUUCUUUUUCAUCGCGCGAGCGAAAGCCGCAGACUUUGACGUGGACGAUGAUGAAGAUAUCGACACCGUCUCCCAGAUGCGUCAAGCCUAUCUGGAAGAACAAAUCAAAGAGUCAAAAGUUACGUUGUUUGACAUCAAAACGGGCGAAAAGUUGGAAUCGGCCGCAGCUUGGGCGUCGUAUGAUCCGAGAAAUGCCUCGAGAAUGCACGUUGGCUACUUCAUUCCAGAUGCCGAGCAGGAGACUGGCGCUGGAGAGAUGGAAAACUUACAGCUCUGUGGUUUCACAAAGCCAGAAAACUGCAAGAACGAACAACCGUACCCGCGCGACGAAACAAACACGGAACCUCUCGAGGACCCGUUUGAAUGCGGCAUCGACGACGAGACAAAUCCAGACACAGGUUUUGUGUGCGAAAAGGUGAGUUUCAAAGUUGAAGAGGACGGAGAUCUGGCAUACGAAGGCGACAUCUCCGUGCCGAACGAAAAGGAAGGCGAAGGAGACGCAGCCACAUCGACCAACAACAGAAAAUUACUACAGCUGCGCAGACGUGGUGUAGGGUUGCGAUCGAGAUCUUUGCGAUCAAACGGGGCGCGCGGUCGCAUUGGUUAA